AUGUUCGAAGGAAACAGCAUUUUGUUCGCAGUGACCCUGACAUCGUUUGCUCUUCUAUUAUUUUAUUACUUGACGACGAGGAAACCAAGGGGGUAUCCACCAGGACCAGAAUGGCUACCGAUCCUCGGGUCGGCCUUAGAAGUUGCCCGCCUGCGAAAGGAGACCGGCUUUUUCCCGGAGACCUGCAACAUCCUGGGAAAAAAGUACGGGCCGAUAAUCGGCUUGAAAAUCGGCGCCGACAACAUCGUCAUAUUUAACGAUUACGAGAGCAUGAAGGCCAUGAUCGCGAACGAGCUCUGCGACGGCCGGCCGAUCGGCCCGGUCUACGACUCUCGCACCUUUGGCAAACGACAGGGUUUGCUGGUGGUGGACGGGCACCUUUGGGUCGAGCAACGCCGAUUCAUCUUGCGUCACCUGCGCGACUUUGGCUUCGGCCGCACCGACAUGGCCGUGCAGCUGGAGCACGAGGCAGCGCAGCUCGUCAAGCACUAUGACGCUCUGAUACGCGAAAAAGCCACCAGGAGCCGUGCCGAUUUUUCACGCCAGACCGUCACCAGCAGGAACAAAAACGGGCAGAUCUAUCAGCUGGAGAAGGAGGAUCGGGACGAUGACGAGCCGGUCAAGAGGAGGCCGCUCACUGCCCAAGACUUUUACAUCAAGGUCGGACCGGAUGCGGAGAUCGAGGAUACGGCCAAGGCGCCCGGCAUCGUCGUCGAGAUGGAGGACUUUUUCGGGGUGCCGGUGCUCAACACCCUGUGGUGCAUGAUGGCCGGGAAGAGGUACAACAUCGACGACAAGGAGCUUAACCACCUGCAGAGGAUACUCAACGCGAUAUUUCGCGACGUCGACAUGCACGGUUGCAUGUUCAACCACUUUCCCUUUCUGAGGUACGUUGCUCCCGAGCUGUCGGGGUACGCCAAGUUCAUCGAGCGACACCAGGAGCUGUGGAAAUUCCUCACGGUGGAGCUGGACAACCAUAAGAGGACUUUUGAUGCGGCGUCGCCGCGGGACCUCAUGGACGUGUACCUGCAGGUUUUGCAAUCGGAUGACCUGGACGAUACUUUUUCGGAGUCGCAGCUUCUGUCGAUCUGCGUGGAUUUGUUCAUGGCCGGCUCGGAGACGUCAGCGAAGGCCCUGUGCUUCGGCUUUCUCUUUCUCGUGCUCAAUCAGGAAGUGCAGAGGCGAGCCCAGCGGGAAAUCGACGCGGUCAUCGGACGCGAUAGGCUGCCGUCCUUGAACGACAGACCGAGGAUGCCGUACGUCAACGCCAUCGUUUUGGAGUCCGUAAGGAUGUUUAUGGGUCGAACGAUGAAUAUUCCGCAUCGAGCUCUCAAAGACACCCACGUCAUGGGGUACAGGAUACCUAAGGAUAGCAUGCUGCUCGUGAACUUCAACAGCAUCCUGAUGGGCAAAGUUUGGGGCGACCCCGAAGAAUUUCGGCCCGAAAGAUUUAUAGACGAGUCCGGGAAAAUAGUCUUGCCGGAUCAGUACCUGCCGUUCAGCUUUGGUAAGCAUCGUUGCAUGGGUGAAGUACUGGCUAAAAGCAACAUAUUCAUGAUAACAGCAGCUUUGCUCCAGAACUUUACGUUCUCGCCUGUUCCAGGCGAGGAACCACCGAAAAAUGAAUACAUUGAUGGUGUUACCGCCAGCCCUAAGCCAUACCGAGUUUUUAUGACAAAACGAAUAUAGUUGAAUGUUGGAUUACAAUGU